UACCUCUGUAAAACCCAAAAUUUUGUUGACCGAAAUUCAUAAUUUUCCUCACUCCCUCCUUUCUCAUUUCACAAUACGUCACCGUUCAGCCGUGGACGAUGGAGAAAGGCCUUAUCUCCGUCGAUCAGUGGACACAGGGAAGCCAGGCGUACUUCCUAACUCACCUGCACUCAGAUCACACGAAGGGCCUAACAUCGUCGUGGGCCAGAGGCCCACUCUUCUGCUCACGGCUCACCGCCAAGCUCUUCCCCUUAAAGUUCCCCGGGUUAAACCUUUCGUUGCUUCGCGUCCUCGAUACUGGCUCGUGGCAUUCAAUUUCUCUGAUCUCGCCAUCUUCGAGAGAGAAAACGGUUGUCCAAGUUAUGGCAAUUGACGCUCACCAUUGUCCUGGUUCAAUUAUGUUGUUAUUUCGUGGUGAGUUUGGGUGCCUGCUUUACACUGGUGAUUUCCGCUGGGAAACAGACGGUGAGAGGGCCAAAAUAGCAAGGAACACACUCCUCAAAGCUUUAAAAGAUGAUGCAGUCGACAUUCUUUACUUGGAUAACACAUAUUGCAAUCCGAAAUACGAGUUUCCUUGUCGAGAAUUUGCUGCUCAGCAGGUUGCUGAUAUAAUUGCCUCCCAUCCCAGCCAUGACAUCAUAAUUGGGAUUGACACUUUGGGAAAAGAAGAACUUUUGCUUCACAUUUCACGUCUGCUCAACAUAAAGAUUUGGGUGUGGCCAGAACGCUUGCAAACCAUGCAGCUACUUGGAUUCCAUGACAUAUUCACAACCAAAACUUCUCUUACUAGAGUACGAGCUGUUCCUCGUUACAGUUUUAGCAUUGACACUUUAGAAGAAUUGAAUACAAUACGCCCAACCAUAGGAAUUAUGCCAUCUGGUCUUCCAUGGCUUGUUAAACCCCUUAAAGGAAAUGACAAGCUUUUUGGUUCUCUUUUAACUUCUUACAACCGGAGCAAAAAUGGUGCAAAAGGUGGAAUUGAAACAGAUAAGAUGAAUGACAAUUUAGGAGUAGAAAGGUUUCACAAGUAUGUAUAUACAGUUCCAUAUUCUGAUCAUUCAUGCUUUAUGGAGAUACAGGAGUUUAUAAAGCUUGUCCAGCCAGUGAAGGUAAGAGGAAUUGUGUCUUCAUCAUCUUGUUAUGUUGAUCCUCUUUACUACUUUGGUCGGCUUUGCAAAGCAAACCCACCUUCAAGGGGGUUGCACAACAGUGAGGAAAGGAAAUCAUUAGGCAAAAGAGUUAUAGCUGUUCAAACAAAUUGUUAUGUUCGAAGUGGCAAUGCUACUGAGGCGGGAAGGAAAAGAGGGAGGACUUUGAAGGUCAAUUUUCUAGGAGUUAAUGCGAGCAAGACAAAUGCCUUGAGGCGUAUCCAAAGAGGUGCUAAGAUUGUGCCAAGUGAGUGAUUUGGUUUAUUAUUUUCAUUUUUUAGUUUCAGAUUAGUUGUAAGAGUUGUAAGAAACUGUAGUUCAGAAUAUAAUUGUAUUGUUUUAAAAUUUA